AUUAUUUGUAAAUGCUCGAAUUUAAGUUGCAGUGUUACUGCUCGUUGAAUUAAAGAUGUAGCUCCUUAUCUCGUACUCUUUAUUUUCCAGAAAAAUCAAAAUGAAAUUAUUCAUUGUCUUCGCUACAGCUCUUUUGUCAGUUACUGCCCUUCCAGCCCAACAACACUGGACCUCGUUCAAGACCAAACAUGGAAAAUCCUAUGAAAAUCUCGAUGAAGAAAAAGUCCGUUUCCAAAUUUUCCAAGACAACGUACAAAAAAUCAACGCACACAAUGCCCGCUAUGAAGCCGGACUUGAAACCUACACCAUGGCUGUCAACAAAUUCGCUGAUUUAACCCCCAAAGAGUUUGGAAAUAUGCUCAGACGCCAAAACGGUCCAUUUACCAGAAAGCAUUUAGCUCGCCAUGUCCAAAACCUUACUGCUCCAGACUCCAUCGACUGGAGAACGAAGAACGCUGUUUUAGAAGUCAAGGACCAAGGAAAAUGCGGAUCCUGCUGGGCUUUCAGUGCCACUGGCAGCAUAGAAGGACAAAAUGCUAUUAAAAACAACCAAAGAGUAUCUCUCAGUGAACAACAAUUGAUUGAUUGUGCUACCGAGUGGAGCAACGGUUGCCAAGGUGGUUAUACGGUAUAUGCUUUUCAAUACGUCGGCAAGAACGGUCUUGCCAGCGCAGCUGAAUACCCAUACGAAGCUAAAAACAAUAUCUGCAAAGAAAAGAGUGGUUCCGUCGUUAAAGUUAAAGAAGCCGUGGCUGUUGAUCCUAACGAAUCUGCCCUUAAAGAGGCUGUUGGUAAGUACAAAUUAGCGCUUAUACUUCAUAUUUGGUAUAUUAAUAUUCUUAUCUUGGUGAUUCUCCUUUUAUUUCCUGUAGUUCUUGGGUUUUUAGGUGCUAGUGGGAAAUGA